AGCACUGAAAAAGGGAGUGGAGAGAGGCAGGCAGGUGAGAUUGGACAGUCCACAGCGGGAGAGCAGGGAGAGCACUUCACUUUUGCAGUCGUGCUGUCAGUAGCGUCAGUAGCCACUGAAGUUACCAAAAAAAAGCACACUCAAGCUUCUCCAGCCUCCUCGGCGACUGCUUCUGUGUAAACACGGCUGCCUCAAGGCUCGACAUUGGACCGCUCCCUUUCUUCUAGUGCUGGCCCGCUGGGAAGGGGACCCACCCCGCAGCAAGGCAUGCCUUCACAGCCACAGAGAAUAACAGACUGAGGAGUGACCCGCUAAGGAGUGUGAGGAGACAAGCACAACAAGUCAUCACAACAGGGUAAGGCGAAUUCACCCAGCUUGAAGACUGCAAAGAGGAGAGACUGAGAGGAGAGGAGAGCGUCCAACCUGCUGCAGAAGAUGGACUACGUGCCCAAGGUGUGGCACUCCCAGGUGGUGCCUCUGGAGUAUGAGCUGGAGCGGGGCACCUCGGGGCAGCCCGAGUGCUCUAUCUGUUACAACACCUACGACAACGUCUUCAAGACGCCCAAGCAGCUGGCCUGCACGCACACCUUCUGCCUGGAGUGCCUGUCGCGCCUCAUGGCCGCCUCGGCCGACCGCGACGACGGACGCAUCUCCUGCCCCUUCUGCCGCAGCCUCACGGCAAUCCCCGAGCGCGGCCCGCCGGCCCUCACCACCAGCCAGGAGGUGCUCAGCAAGCUGCCCAUCCACCAGCAGCGGGAGGAGGCCGUGUGGCUGGAGGACGGGCGGCUGUGCUACAAGAGCCCGCUGGACGCCUCCGCCGCCGCCACCUCCGCUGGCUCGGCCCCGGACUUCUGCGUCUGCAUCGACAUCGGGGCGGCCAGCAGCAAGCAGGGGGGGGCUGGUGGUGGCGGGGAGGCGCCCUCGCAGACGCAGACGCGAGGCCUUGGCCUGCUGGAGCGCAUGACCGACUGGAAGCGGCUGCUGCUCUUCAUCGUGCUCAUGGUGAUGCUGGUGGUGAUCGUGCUGUGGCCGCUGCAGUGCAUCGUCACCACCGGCACCCUGCGCUGCGUGCCGCGGCCCCCCAGCCCCAUGACCACCACGCUCAGCCCCUCCACCUACUCGACCCCAGUUUGAUUCUCACAGACAAAGAGGCAAUUGCCAGCACACACACACACACACACACACUCCUUACCGUUCUCCCAAACUCACACUCAAACUACACUCCAGAACUUACUAUCACACAUCAAUACUUGCACAUGUGCAUACAGACAUGCAAAAUACACAUAUACUCACUCAUACACAUCUGGAAAGGCACGGAAAAUACAGGAUGAUCCAAGUACUGCAGGAGUUUGCUCAGUGUGUGUGUGUAUCUGUGUGUGUGUGUGUCAGUUUGCACCCCAACCUACCCUCUGGGCUCAAGCUGAGGCUUUUGUUGCUGAGAAGGAAGAGGAGAACACAGACUCUGUAUCAGAAAAAAGCCUCGCCUCAAGAACUCUCCAGACUGAGCCUUUCACAUGAGCCAAACAAGCACAAAACAACUGACACUCCACUUACUGUGAAACUGACUUGUUGCUAAAUAUCAGACUUUUUAAAUUCAGGGGUGUUGGGAUAAAUGAGACCUUGCAAUGGGAUAUUAUGUCACUGUAGAAUGUGAGAAACCCUAAUUGUGGGUUGCACAGGGUAUACUGACAGCAGAGAGAUUGUGUUACUAUUCUUCCCCAAGGUUGACCUUUUCUUAUCAAGGCAGAUGUUCUCAAAAUGUCUCAUGAUAGGUAUCACAUGUCUAUCAUGCAGACAACAGCACACUCUCAAUGUGCACGACGAUCAGAUUUGAUCACACCUAGCCUAGUUUUAAAACAAUAACUCAAACAAGUCUUAAGAUACAUUUUUGUAUUAUUGUAUUUAUAUAUAUGGUAUAUUUUGAUGAUUGUAUAUUGAAGACACAUUUUGCUUACAAAAGAAUAAAUAAAAAACAAACACAUUCACUGGUAGGUAACCAGGUGUCUGUGUUGAUCAUUUAUGUAUCA